AAGUGCACGUGGUUAAGCGCAUGCGCACUAGAUUCCCGGGGGUGGCAGACGCAUUCACCUUCCUCCUGCGGCGGUGAAGGAAGCGAAGGAGCCAGCUGCUUCCGGAGGCGCCACAGCUCUGCCCUGUAUCCCAGAUUGAACAGUCAAAAUGGAUUUCUCACAGCUUCCUAAAAUCCGUGAUGAAGACAGGGAGAAUGUCUUUGGCUAUGUCUAUGGAGUCUCAGGACCUGUUGUCACAGCCUGUAACAUGGCAGGCGCAGCUAUGUAUGAGUUGGUGCGCGUUGGUCACUGUGAACUUGUAGGAGAAAUUAUCCGAUUAGAAGGUGACAUGGCAACUAUCCAGGUGUAUGAAGAAACCUCCGGUGUUUCUGUGGGAGACCCUGUACUCCGCACAGGCAAACCACUCUCUGUUGAGCUUGGCCCUGGUAUCAUGGGAGCCAUUUUUGAUGGAAUCCAAAGGCCUCUGACAGAUAUCAGCACCCAGACUCAGAGUAUUUACAUCCCAAGAGGAGUAAAUGUGACAGCUCUCAGCAGAGAUCUCAAAUGGGAUUUCUCACCUGUCAAAAACCUGCGGGUUGGCAGUCACAUCACUGGUGGAGAUAUUUAUGGCAUAGUGAAUGAGAACUCUCUUAUCAAACACAAGAUCAUGUUGCCCCCACGAAACAGGGGUACUGUAACAUAUAUUGCUCCACCUGGAAAUUAUGAUGCAUCCGAUGUUGUGUUGGAGCUGGAAUUUGAAGGAGUGAAGGAGAAAUUCACUAUGGUCCAGGUCUGGCCUGUUCGUCAAGUACGUCCUGUCACUGAAAAGCUACCUGCCAAUCAUCCUCUUUUAACUGGUCAGAGAGUCCUUGAUGCACUCUUUCCGUGUGUUCAAGGAGGUACAACGGCAAUCCCUGGGGCCUUUGGCUGUGGGAAAACUGUGAUUUCUCAGUCCCUGUCCAAAUACUCCAACAGUGAUGUUAUUAUUUAUGUUGGCUGUGGAGAACGAGGAAAUGAAAUGUCUGAAGUACUGAGAGACUUCCCAGAGCUCACCAUGGAAGUUGAUGGCAAAGUAGAAAGCAUUAUGAAGAGAACUGCUCUUGUAGCAAACACUUCCAACAUGCCUGUUGCUGCCAGGGAGGCUUCCAUCUAUACUGGGAUUACCUUAUCCGAGUACUUCCGUGAUAUGGGCUACCAUGUCAGCAUGAUGGCUGACUCCACAUCUCGAUGGGCUGAAGCCCUUCGGGAAAUUUCAGGGCGUCUUGCUGAAAUGCCAGCUGAUAGUGGUUACCCAGCCUAUCUUGGUGCCCGCUUGGCUUCUUUUUAUGAAAGAGCUGGUAGAGUUAAGUGUCUUGGCAACCCUGAGAGGGAAGGAAGUGUCAGCAUUGUUGGGGCUGUGUCUCCUCCUGGUGGUGACUUCUCUGAUCCAGUCACUUCUGCUACUCUGGGCAUUGUUCAGGUGUUCUGGGGCUUGGAUAAGAAGCUUGCUCAGCGUAAGCAUUUUCCAUCUGUGAAUUGGCUUAUCAGCUACAGCAAAUACACGCGUGCUCUGGAUGAGUAUUAUGACAAGCAGUUUCCAGAGUUUGUCCCCUUGAGGACUAAAGCAAAGGAAAUCUUGCAGGAAGAGGAGGACCUUGCGGAGAUUGUCCAGCUGGUGGGGAAGGCUUCCUUGGCAGAAACAGAUAAAAUCACAUUAGAAGUGGCCAAACUCAUAAAAGAUGACUUCUUACAGCAAAAUGGCUAUACACCGUAUGACAGGUUCUGCCCAUUUUAUAAGACUGUGGGGAUGCUGUCCAACAUGAUUGCGUUCUACGAUAUGGCACGCCGAGCAGUUGAGACGACCGCCCAGAGUGACAAUAAGAUUACUUGGGCCAUUAUCAGAGAGAACAUGAACGAGAUCCUCUACCGACUCACAUCUAUGAAAUUCAAGGACCCAGUGAAAGACGGCGAGGCAAAGAUCAAAGCAGAUUAUGCACAGCUUUUUGAAGAUAUGCAGAAUGCAUUCCGCAGUCUAGAAGACUAGAGGGCGUUCUUCUGGGAGCCCCAGUGGAGUGUGUUCCUUCUGGUUUUACUGGUAAUAGAAGAUGUACAUUUUGCUGAAAAAAAGUAUCUUUAAUACAUUCCUGUUCAGUUUAGUAGCUCAAUGUGUGGAUGUGAACCUGUGCUUAAAGCUAUAUUUCAUAAUGGUUCCCGUAACCUGAAGUGUCGGCCACCAGAUUUGACCUCAGCGGACAGUUUCUCUCUUUUUGGAAGAGAACUAAGGGAGUCAAAGCAUAAAUGGGGAGGAAAAAAUCAUGUUGAUGUAUUGAGAGAACAUAAGAGUAGCUGAACCUGGUUUCUAAUUACAUGUUAAGUAGUUCUGACACUUGAGAGGUAGGAUUUAUUUAUUGUAUUUUGAAGCUGCUCUUGCCACUAUAGAACACAAA